AUGUCAGCGUAGUCCCUCGCGUCGACUCACAACUGUUGUUGGAGUAACGUGCUGACAAGCACAGUCCAUCCAGCGAAAACACACCUCCCUUCCCCGCUCGAGCCUCAGUGGCAUGCCGCUAAAAACUGUAAUUAGUGGACUCGCCCGCCAAUGUUACGGUCGGGAUCUAUAUAUUGCCGGGUUCGACAGGCUUGAAACAGUCUUCCUUGACAACUUGAUACACAAACACGGACCAGCUGAGGGACAUUACUCCAUCACUUUGUCAAUUGUUGGAUGUGUAAAACAUCGGAUCAUUAUUUUGAAAUAUCAUAAUCUCCGGCAGUCCUCUAACAAUGGCUAACCUGGUUGCUCGUGAAGAGAUCUCUCACCUCAUCCUCCGGAACGACACCAAUGAGAUUCUGCAACGUCUCAACGACGCUAAAGCAUUUCUCUACAUCCCUGUCAUCGUCUUCCUCAUCAUUCUGGUCGUCGUGGGGACGUUCGGCAACAUCCUUGUGUGUUGUGUGUAUUGGAGCAAGCCGUACAAGGCGUCGUCCCACUACUUCAUCCUCUCCCUCGCCAUCCUCGACCUCUUCAGCUGCGUCAUCGGCAUCCCCACCGAGAUCGCUGACCUCAGAUACCCAUACAUGUUCUACGCCCCCGCAGCGUGUAAACUCCUCCGAUUUGUCCAUUCCUCAACCAUCAUUGCCUCAUCGUGCAUCCUCAUCGAGGUGGCCUUUGACAGAUAUUUCCGGAUCUGUAAACUCGGGCGGCAAUACAGUGUCCAGAAGGCGAAGAUGCUGUGCAUUUUGGCCAUUUCGCUUGGAAUUCUCACUUCAUGGCCUUCAUGUCUUCUGUUUGGAAGGGAGACCAUCCAUUUCGGGAUUCCUGGUGUUGAAGGCAUUGACUGUUCCACGGCUGACUGGGCUAAAGGAACCAUGUACCCGACCCUCUACUACGGCUUCCUCUUCACCCUCUUCUUCAUCACCGUCACCUUCUUCGUCGUGCUGUACAGUCGCAUUGGCAUUGUCAUCUGGCGGAGGAAGAAGACCACCAUCGGCGCCAAGAUCGCCGUGUCCAAGUCGGGCAUCAACAGCCAGGUCUCCGACCCCACGUCGACCGAGGUGUCGUCAGAAGUUGACGAACACGGUUCCCACAAGGACCAACAUACAAAGGAAGCGAUGCCAGCACUGGGGAAAGACACGCUGAAGCAACGUCAGAAGAUGAGAGUGGGCAAAACCACAACAGUUCUGUUUGCUGUAACUCUGGCCUACAUCCUCAGCUUCCUCCCGUUCCUCAUCGUCAUGGUUCUCAGAAGCAUCAUCAAAGACUUCGAGGGGAGAUUGUCCCCCACCGGAGAGGUAGCAUACAAGUUCUGUGUAAAAUCUUUCUUCAUUAACAAUGCCAUUAACCCGGUCAUCUACAGCUUCCUGAACGCUAGUUUCCGGCGGGAUGCUAAGCAUCUCCUGAGGAAGGUGGUCCGGACCUGCUGCUGCUGCAGGUGCUGUAGAACGGAAGACAGUUGGGAGCACUCAGAUGCUGUUUAAGACAGGGCACGCCUGUUAUUUAUUGAUAGCAGAAGUGAUAUGAAAUAGAAAGGAUGACUUUCUAUGCAAGGACAGAGAACAGUUGAGAUGAGUAACACUUAACGGUGACCUUUCAGCCUUCCAUCCCUACCUCAUCAGCACGGUCAUGUUGGGGUCAGUCGUCAACACCAGCAUCAACAACAGCAUCAACAGUGAUGACCAUCAUCUACGUGGUGACCCAGAUCGACAGUGAUCGAUAGAUGAAUUAUGUAGGAAUAUCCCACCGAGGACGUUUGAGAGUCUUACCCCAGAAUGUAGACAUGGACACUUGAUGUGCAAUAUCUGUACAUAGAUGUAAAUAGCCAUGGAUGUGCUAGGACCUAUUGUGGUGUGUACGUGUUUCUGAAUAGUGUGUGAGAUCUUUGUGCUUUACCGACUUUUUACCUAUACGUCUGGUUACCAGGCUUCCUUUGUGUUUCUGUGUCUAAGGUUUUCUUUAUUACCUGGUUUUCGGACCCUUUUUCCUAAACUUUUUCCUAAUAUGUUAAUUUUAGUUCGUCGAGAGUGUUACAACAAUACGGACCUAAACUAAAGUUGCCAAAUUUGGCGCAUCAAAUGUGAUGUCCUAUUAAUUGACCAUUACAGAAAUGUUGCCUUGCAAUUUUAAUAACUAGUUUCAGUAAUGAAAAGAAAAGUACACCUUUGAGAAGCCAGUAUUGUUUUUGUGAACAUUUUAGACGCCUCCUUACGACUAAAGCUCGCCAUGAACACAACGAUUACUACUACUUUAGGAUUAACAUUUUUGUUAAUAUUUUCUUAUUUAAGUUUUCUUAAUUUGCCCCCGAUAAUGUUUUUCAGAUAUCACGAAAAAAUAUUUUAAUUUCGGUAAUUAAUCCGUCAGCCAGGUGUCAUGAAGAAGGCCUUACGUGCAGCGAUGAGUGGUGUUUCUUGUGUUUGCUAUUCCCUCGACUGCAUGUAACGCCAUCAUGAACAUCAUAUACUUCCCGCAUCACAACAUGAUGAAAUCAUUUCACAUCAUCACCAUCAUAAUCAUGUGACUAUAUCGCAUCCUAUCUGGACGGUGGGAUAGGGUAGCGGAUAAAGUAUUCGCCCGUCACGGUUCGAGUCCACACAUGUGUGAUGUCCAUUCAUUGUGUUCUCCCUUGUGAUAUUUUUGGACAUUGCAAAACAAUUACGUUAACCGCCGACAUUAUUAGGACUAAUUGUCUGACAUCAUUAUAUCACUAUUCCUUCGGGGUCCAAUCACAUAGCUUAUUGGGCCAAUCACAUGUCGUCAUGCAUCAUAACUGGACCAAUCACAUCGCAUCAAAACUCACCAAUUGGACCAAUCACAUGACGUCAGACAACACUCAUUUUAACAAUCACAUGUCAUCAAAGAUCACUUAUUGGACCAAUCACAUCAGGUGAAAAAUUACUCGUAGGCCCAAUCACAUGACGUCAAACAUCACUUAUUGGACCAGAUGAUAUCGAAGGUCACUUACUGGACCAAUCACAUAAAGUCCUCAUGACUAUAUUGACCAAUCAUAUCAGCCUGUAUGGUGUUGCUGCAAUACCUUCACUGCAUGGAUCAGCCAUCUACAUGUAACAACAACCACCGUCUUAUUCCAACACGAUGCAUUUCCAGUAAUAACGAAUUAUAUGUGAAAUAUGUGCCUUUGUUUUAUCGAGGUAUGGAUGUUGUGGGAACAUGCAUGAUUAAAACCAAUGACCAUA